AUGAAUCCUAUACUAAAGUAUGCUCUAAUAGCUUUCUUACUAUCGACGAUCAAGACGAUCCCUUUGGCAUACUGUUGUCGCUUUUAUUAUAGGGUUCUAUUGAAUCUAGUCGUACCUAUGUCAACUUAUCGUAAGAACGGAAAGAAGAAUACCUUCGGAAUUGAUGGUCAGAAUAAGUUGCGUUUGUUCGAGCAUACUCUGAUGAAGACUUAUGUAUCACCGAUGGAAAUCGAUCCUUAUUUUCACAAAUCAAACUCAACUUAUUUUAUAGAUUUGGACAUUGCAAGAACCGAUACAGUUACUAAAAUCUUUCAAAAAGCCUUUUUUGAUGCCUAUUCCAAUGACUCGGGUGAAUUCAAGUCUAAAAGCUUAGCAAAUUUUCCUUACGUCCCAAUUGCAACUAUUCAGUGCGUCUUCAAGGCAGAAUUAACUCUCUUUCAAAGAUAUGAGAUCAAGAGCAGAGUAAUGGCUUGGGAUAAUAAGUGGUUGUUUGUUCUCUCUAAAUUUGUUGUUCCAAAAGGAAAUUCCGAAAAGUUAUGUGCAAUAGCAGUGACUAAAUAUGUAUUCAAGAAGAAGGGCAGAAUCACCAUUAGACCCAUUGAAAUGAUUAAAGAAUGUGGCCUCUACAGCGAAGAAGUGGAAAAUAUUAACAAGAAAAAUUAUGAAUUAGUUAAGUACAUGAGCUCUUCAGAGGACUUAGAGAAGCUCUGUGAAGAGUUUUAA